GGCGUCAGAAACUUUCGCCGUCGGUCUUCCGUUUUGCUCCGGCGUCCAGGUGUUACAAAUCCUUUCUUCGUGCCAACUCCCAAUUUCUCUCUUGGAUCACCGUCGAUAGAGUUUUGUAGUUCGAUUAAUUAUGGAGGAUGGGGAGGGAGGUCUAAGCUUCGACUUCGAAGGGGGUUUGGAAACAGGAACAAGGCAACCUACCGCGUCCGUACCAGUAAUCCGCCAAUCCGACGAUCUUAACAGUAAUAACAAUAAGGCACCAUCGGCUUCGCCACUCAACCUCAACUCGUUUUCCGUCGACCCUGCUGCUUCUGCCGCUGCCGCUUCCACCAGCUUCUCUGGAAGGAGGAGCUACCGUCAAACCGUGUGCCGCCACUGGCUCCGAGGGCUCUGUAUGAAAGGUGAGGCGUGCGGGUUUCUUCAUCAGUAUGAUAAAUCACGAAUGCCUAUAUGUAGAUUCUUUCGCUUGUACGGAGAGUGCCGAGAGCAGGACUGCGUUUAUAAGCACACCAACGAAGACAUCAAGGAGUGUAACAUGUACAAGUUCGGGUUUUGUCCAAAUGGUCCUGAUUGUCGGUAUAGACAUGCAAAACUACCGGGACCUCCUCCUCCGGUGGAAGAAGUACUCCGAAAUAUUCAGCAUUUAACUUCCUACAACUAUGGAAAUUCUAAUAGGUUUUUCCAGAACCGGAGUGCCAACCACCCUCAGCAAUCAGAAAAAUCUCAACUUCCACAAGAUGUGAAUGGUGUUAAUCAACUCAUCAGACCUGCCACAACGGGUUCUGCUUUUCAAUCUGUGCUUCUGCCACCACUGCAGCAGCAUCAGCAACAGAUUGGACAAUCUCAGCAACAGUGCCCCCUGCCUCAAGGAGCCUCUAGGUGUGUUCAGAGAUCUAAGGUUUUCAAUUAGGCACCAUCCGGUUCAUCUCUACCCAAAUUUCCGAAUUUGAAGCACUUGGAUUUGAAGGGUCUGUUUCCGUUUUGGAUGGCCAUUUCAAAUUCUCGAGAGCUCUUCAGAGUUGGGAACAUUUAUGCGUUGAAGAGAGUUA